AUGUCGAGGCUACCUCUUCUCGUCGUGGCAUGCAUCUUGCUGCUCGUCUCUACGCUUGUCCACGCUCAGACAACCGAUCAAGCCGGCCUUUUUGCCGACACCUCUUGCAACUCGAACCUAUGCCUUCGCGUUGUGUACAGCCCCUCAGAGAGGAGGAUGAACAUGACCAUGACCGCAAGCGGUGGCGGUGCUCCCAUGGGCUGGUAUGCUGUCGGCACUGGACGUCAGAUGGACGGCUCCAACAUGAUGAUCGGCUGGGUGAACACAGACGGCAACGUGGUCAUGUCGCAACGAACCGCGACGGGUCACUCCGACCCCACUACCAGCAUCAACGCUUUGACCGCCACCAUGGAGCCAAGACACUCUUUCUCCAACAGCUCCGGCACCGUCUGGGCCUGGUCGUUCCCCAUGUCCGGCUCUGAGUCCACACCCUCCUCCUCGACACCGUUCAUCUGGGCUGCCAACAAGAACAACAACCCUGCUUCCGGCACCACUUCGACCAUCAGGCGUCACACAGCGUAUGGCUCUAUCACUCUGGACCUCACAAAACCCUACUCGACGGAUGGCAGCGGUAGCAAUGGCGGUAGCAGCGGCGGCAAUGGCACUCCCUUGACGCCGACAACGGGCGCCAGUCAGUCGAACCGCAUCCUGAACAGGAACAACAAGCUCAUCAUCGCCCACAUGGUCUUCAUGAUCAUCGCAUGGUUCCUUCUCGUCCCUGCCGCCAUCCUUGUCGGUCGGUACGGAAGAACUUUCUUCAAGUGGCUGCCCGUUCAUCGUAAUCUCCAGAUCGCCGCCUUCUUCAGUGUCCUCAUCGCCUUCAUUCUGAUCAUCGUCGAAGUAGGUUCGGGCGAGCAUUUCGACAGCACUCACGCCAAGCUUGGUCUCGCCAUUUUCAUCGUCAUGAUCUUGCAGAUGGUCUUGGGUAUGAUCGGUCACAAGACGAAGCGCUUCAACGUUUCGAGGAUUGUGCACGUAGUCAUUGGACUCGGUAUCACCGUUGCCGCCGUCUGGAACUCGGCUGAAGGUCUCAGCCUCUGGGACUGGGGCCCGCCUCGGUGGGCUAGCUGGAUCCUGUGGAUCUGGUUCGGCGUGCUCGCGAUCGCCUACCUCGCCGGUCUGGCGCUGCUGCCGCGCGAUCUGCGACAGUGGCGAGAGUCCCAAGGAACAUCGAACCCAGAAAAGCGAGACUACCUCGACCUGCAGCACAACCCUUCCAACGGCGCGUCCACCGAGCAGCCUUCGCCGAACGAGCAGCCCGUCAUGCACCCUGGCUGGGGCGCUCCGCCACUGCAGUCAGCUACCUCGCAAGCAUACCAGAGCUACUCGCAGCCACACACUGGCAAUCGCAUCUGA